AUAUGCUGUGGAUGUAAAAUAAAAAUUCAAAGUAACAAAAAUGCAACAUGGGAGAUUUAUCGCGCAUAACUGCUUGCGCAGUAUUAUCAUUGGAAUACUUUCUUCCUGUUUAACACGGGACAAUCUUGAUCCUGAAAAUUUUCUAUUAUUCAAUGGAAGAUUUAUUUCUUUUUAAAUCUACUGUGAAAAGAGGCUAAGCGUCAUAUCCUCUCGGUUGAUACUAAUCAGAACAACCCAUGGCGUGAUAAGAUGAUGAUAGACGUCCGCUAUUUUUCUCCUUUUUUGUUUAUUUGUUUAUUUCUUCAUUGAAAAUUGGGAAUUACUGAGAACUGAUACUCGAGAGGCGCUACAGGGUUGUUUCAGCAGUUGCGAGUUCAUUUUCCCUUAUUUUUACCCGCGAGCUAUAUUUCUGCCUGUUUGUUCACCGCGUCAAAUGCCGAGCGUUGUUUCGGAAAAAAUUAAACGAAGGAAGAGCUACAGGAAGUUAGGUUGUUUGGUCGCUGUUACGUCACUGGAAACUUGGAUUGAAUCUUAGGAAGAUCGUUCAGUAAGGGCGGAAUCAAAACAGCAUGGCGGGUGUGUGGCAGCAUUUGACGUGCUGCCUUCGUUUGAAAUAUACUCCUGAGGAAGCGCAACAGCAUCGAAAAAGUAAGAAAAUUGACAAAAUGUUGAGGAAGGAUAAAAAUAUAAUGAGGCGACAAGUGAAAUUGUUAUUGCUGGGCGCUGGUGAAAGUGGCAAAAGUACCUUCCUAAAGCAAAUGAAAAUUAUUCAUGGUGAUAACUUUGAUACAGAUUCCGUAGCACAGUAUAAAGCAACUAUAUAUCAAAAUACGAUAAAAGGAAUGAAAGUUUUGGUAGAUGCUAGAGCGAAACUUGGAAUACCAUGGGAAAAUCCUGAAAGUUCUAAAUAUGCUAAUCAUGUGUUAAUGUACGAGAACUACAUGACUUUGGAUUUGAAGACUUUUCAAGAUUUCGCCUAUUCUGUGCAAGAACUUUGGAAAGACCAGUCAGUUAGGACUGCCUAUCAUAGGAGAAGGGAAUUUCAACUAGUGAGAUAUAUUGGUGAUAAUGUUCUGUAUUUCUUUGAAAAUUUGACCAGAUUAGCUAGUCCGGGCUAUGUGCCUUCAAAUCUUGAUAUCUUGCAUGCAAGAGCAGCUACAAAAACAAUAAAUGAAUAUCUCACACUCAUCAAUAACAUUCCCUUCCGUUUUGUUGAUGUAGGAGGCCAAAGAUCUCAACGUCAAAAAUGGGUUCAGUGCUUUGAAGAUGUGACAUCUAUAUUGUUUCUUGUGUCGUCGUCAGAAUUUGAUCAAGUUCUGCUUGAAGAUAGAACUACCAAUCGCAUACUAGAGUCAAAAAAUAUUUUUGACACUAUUAUUAAUAACCGAUGUUUUUCAGAAGUAUCUGUGAUCUUGUUUAUGAACAAAACAGAUUUGUUACAAGAGAAACUGUCUCGUAAAGAUGUGGACAUUCGUCAGUAUUUUCCAGAGUUUACAGGGGACCCAUAUAAUGUUGAAGCUGUACAAAUGUUUUUUGUGAAUAUGUUUGACCAAAUCAGAAGAGAUAGGAAAAGACCUUUUUAUUAUCAUUUUACAACUGCCAUUGAUACUGAGAAUAUCAAGGUUGUUUUUAGUGCUGUCAAAGAUACUAUAUUGCAAAAAAAUAUUAAUCAGUUAAUGCUUCAAUAGCCGAGUCAUACAGGAGUUCUCUUGGAUUGUAAAAUGUUUUGUACAUUGACAGAGUAUUUUUAUAGUUUAGAGAUUUUAUUCUAUUCACAUUUUCUGUGUGUAUCUUGUACUAUUUUUAUAUCUUGUACACUGAAUUGAAAUUUCUAAUUAGUAUAUUGUUUUACAUACAUUAAUUCAUUAUUUUUCAUCGAGAAGUGGAAUGUCAUCAUUGUUUUUCAUCAUUAUUUUCAAGAACAAGUAACUACUUAUGUAGUGUGUUCUCUUAAAAAUCACGAACAAAAUUUCUGAAAAGAAGUAUGUAUAAAAUGAUAUUGAAUAUAUCAAUGUGAUUAUUUACAUUAGUUUACUUACUCUCAAAGUUUACAGAAAUAUUAUUUUUCUACUUUUAUGACAUAUUUCAUGAGAAAUUAAAAAAAAAUAUUAGAAUAAACACUUUUUAAAAACUUUAGUUUGUCAAAAUUUAUAUGGUGUGAAAUUAUCUCGUUAUUCUUAGGUUCUUUUAAUAAGACAAAGCAUGGUAUACUUUCAGUUUUAUAGUGUACACUGAAGUAUGAUUAUAUAAACUAACUUUUUAGAGUUGAUUGUUUUUGAAGCAUUUUCAUCAUGAUUGAAUAUUUUAAUCAUUAAUGUGAACCACUUCAGUCAGAAUAUUAUACUUCUACUCGUGCAAUCUUGGAGACUGCUAACAUAAAUUAUAUGCAGAUUAAAUGCUUUGUUAAAUACGAUCAAGCUAGUAAUAUUGUUUCUUAGAAUGAAGAAUGAAUAAUGCUGAUAGCAUAGGAGUACAGAUUAUCAAUUAGUUAAAAACUGAUAUUGUUUCUUGUUUAAAUGAAGUUAUUAGCAACUAGGGAAACAUGUUAAUAUAUUUGUUAUGAAACCCUUUCACAAAAUCUCUUAAUUUUGCAAGAUAAUAGUGUUUUUAUACAUUCAGUUUUGAAUACCAGCCAAAAGUGAAGCAAAGUUGAUAGAACUCUUAUCUUUCGCAUAAAUGUUACCAAAAAUAUCUAAAAUUUUCUCAUACUAUCUAUUUUAAAAAUAUUUAUAAUUAUACUGUAAAAGUGUUUAUAGUAUAUUAAUAUUUUUAGAUACAAUGUUUAUUAUAUAUAGUAGUUCUUAAAUUGUUAAUUUGCAAGGAAUAUUUAGCAGUUUAAUUUAAAAAAUUUUGCAAAAGAAAAUGUUUUGAUUAAAAAUUAAAUUUGCUGAUCUGUCGUAGGGUUUAAAAAAAAAUGUAUCCCUGCCCUAAAAUAGUAUAUUUAAGAUGUGAGCAGUAGAUAAUUUGCAUGAAUAUUUUAUUAUUACUGAUAAAUAAUGUGUAAGUUUUACACUUAACUAGAAGAAAAAUUUUCAAGCAUUUUGGAAUCGUGUAUUAUCGGAGAAAUUUAGAAUUUUUUAAUUCCAGUUGUUGAAUGGUGCUAUUAUUUAUAUAUAUUGUUAAAACAUUUAUGUUCCUCAUCCUUUAUACAUUUUAAAUCAAAACUAGUGUUUAGCAAGUAGCAUAAUUACUGUGACAUCAGCUAAAUGUAUGAAAAUAUCAAUAUAUAAAAUAUAUGGACAUAAAAUUUAUGUCCCAAAUUGCUUGAAGGAUUAUAUUUGCAAGUCCUUUAGACAGUUUUAAAGUGUAUGCAUAUAUUAUUAAUUAUGCAUAAACUUCUUUGUAUAAGAUAUAGUAGAAGUUUAUUUUAAAUGUUUUAUUUUAGCUGUGC